AUGGCCUCACGUAAAACUGCCGGUGGAGCCUUUGAAGAGCACGACUUUCCCUACGAAACCUACUCCUACCGAGAGCCACUGCUUGCCCAUGUGAAGGUUUAUAGUUUCGCGAAAUAUUAUCUAUUACCUGGAUUGCAGGAAUUGGCUCUGCAGCGGAUGAUAAUGACGUUGAGGAAAGUGGACUGCUCGUUGAAAUAUGGAGAGGUAGAGUUGGCGGACCCCAUCGAAUUCGUUUACCGCAACAUUCCUGUCCAUGGAGAUGGCGAAGAACCAAUGAGGAAGCUAUUGUCUCAAUUUGCAGCGGCGAAUUAUACCUCUCUCCUGCAUGGCAGCUUCGAGGCACUUUUCGCUCGUGGUGGUGAUUUCACGCUCGAUCUGGCGCGAAAACUUUCACGACGCCUUUUCGGCGCAUUGAAUUUCGGCCGAGUUGGGAGAAGAUGA